CGUCAUUCAUAAAGUCCCCACAGAGGACACAACAUCCACAGCACACACACGCGUGGACUAAUAUUCGGUAGAAAAGAUAACCGACGGCUUCCACGAUGACAAGCCCGUCUUUGCUGAGCUUCUCCGCGGUUGUGGUUCUGCUGCUCAGCACCCCGAGGCACGCCGCCACCUUCCAAGGCGCUUUCCCGCACCCAAACAAAUCCAACCCGAACGAACCGGAGCGGUGCCAGCCGCCCCCGAUCAGCGGAUUCAUUUCCCGCGGGACGGCGCCCACCGAGGAGGUUCUGGAGUCCAGUCAGGAGGCGCUUCACGUCACGGAGCGUCGCUACUUGCGCCUGGACUGGUGUAAGACGCAGCCGCUCAAGCAGACCAUCCACGAAGAGGGUUGCCUGAGCCGAACCAUCAUCAACCGGUUCUGCUACGGCCAGUGCAACUCCUUCUACAUCCCGCGGCACAUUUACCAGGAUGGAAACGCCUUCGAGUCCUGUUCGGCGUGCAAACCCAAAACCUUCAGCACGGUCACUUACACGCUGUUGUGUCCCGGACAGACGCCCGGUACCAGGAAGAAACGGGUUCAGCGCGUAAAGCAGUGCAGGUGCAUUACAAUUAACUCGGAUUAGACGCCAUGCUGAUCAUCUCUUUUCACUGGGAGAGGAAAGAACGUUUUUGCAAAAUCUUUUGGGCGCCUGUUGGCAAGCCUGCCGGAAUUCAAAGUUAUUGAAACAAGAGGAACUUCUUAAAAAACAUUUUCAUCUUUGUAUUAGUUUCAGUUCCAAACAGAAUGGACUCGGAGCAAUCCGAAAUUGGAUCCAACUGUGCACAUUCAUAUAGAUAAUCCACUUUUUAAACAUGCCUGAAUAUUGCCAUUAAGAAUAUACAAGCUUUUAAUAUUGCGUUCAACUCAUCAAGUGUAAAAGCAUGUUAAGGAAAUUAGUUGUAUUGUUCCAAGUCUGGAUCAGUAAGACUCAAAAAACAAAAAGCUCAAUUAACAUUUUUAUGUCUCAUUAAACACAAAAUAUCAAGCUACACCAACGUUAUUUACAUUUUCCCAUACAAUAGAAUAAUGUGGAAUUGGUUGACAUACAGUUAUUUUUGUGAAUUUCGCCUUGUCCCAUCGGGGAUCACCCAACAAGUCAUGACAUAAACAUAUAUUAUGUCAACAUAUAUAUUCCCAUUUUUGCCAAACACAUGCUCAGAUGUUCUCAUUGUUUCACUCCUGACUUUGCAGCUACAAAAUACAAUGUCAAACUAUUUGAUAACAGAAAGGGUGAUCGUGUGUGCGAUGUUUGUGUCUAGUUUCCACAAUGUGGAAUGUCAACCGAGGGCUCUGAUGAAACGUUGUAGAAAAGAUGCUUCAAGCUACUUCAUUUUCAAUCGUGUACACAAUUUGUGUAUCUUCUACAUUUGCUUGCGAAUAAAACAGCCAUC